UGGAUUUCUGGGUGUGGUUCCCAUUGGUCACAAUAUCCAAAAGAGACUGUUGAAGUGAGAUGUAUAAGUAUGUAUAAAUAGAGGGGCUGUUUCUCUCAAAUUCAGUGAGAAAAUUAACAAGUCUUUUUACAGAAACAUAUAGAGUUGUAAAAGGGAUCUGAAAAAUAGCUUUGCUUAGAAGAUAUCGCUCUGUGCAUGUGAGUGAAAGGUUCAGGAUAUGGAGAAUACAAGAAAACAAGAGGACAAGGGAGAGAAUAUUUUUGAAGAGAUUUCUGUUGAUUGGAGAGGAAAACCUUCAAACCCUACUAAGCAUGGUGGAAUGAGAGCUGCUUCCUUUGUUCUAGGGCUUCAAGGAUUUGAGAUAAUGGCAAUAGCAGCUGUUGGGAACAACCUGAUAACUUAUGUGAUAAAUGAGAUGCACUUUUCCCUGUCAAAAUCUGCAAACAUUGUCACAAACUUUAUAGGGACUAUUUUUAUCCUUGCACUCCUUGGAGGCUACCUUUCUGAUUCUUAUCUUGGUUGUUUCUGGACCCUCCUCAUCUUUGGCUUUGUCGAAAUUUCGGGUUUCAUAUUGCUGUCAGUGCAAGCCCAUCUGCCUCAACUAAAACCGCUCAAAUGCAAUAUGUUACUUGAUGGAGACCACUGUGAAAAGGCAAAGGGAUUCAAAGCCUUCCUAUUUUUUUUGGCACUCUAUUUGGUGGCAUUAGGAAGUGGGUGCGUUAAGCCAAACAUGAUAGCUUAUGGUGCUGACCAAAUCAAUGGUUCAAAACAAUCCAAGAAACUCUCAAGAUACUUCAAUGCUGCCUAUUUUGCCUUCUCCAUGGGUGAACUUGUUGCCUUGACUGUCCUAGUUUAUGUUCAAACACAUUCUGGAAUGGAUGUAGGAUUCGGCGUCUCGGCCACGGCCAUGGCUAUGGGAUUGAUAAGCUUGAUUUGUGGUACACUUCUUUACAGGAACAAACCUCCUCAAGGAAGCAUCUUUACCCCUAUUGCACAAGUGUUUGUGGCUGCUACUUUAAAGCGAAAGCAAGUGUAUUCAUCUGAUCCUUGGAUGCUUCAUUGGAACCAAUCCAAGGAACAACCCGCUAAUAGUGACAGUACCAACAAUAUUUUUCUGUCUGAAAGAUUCAGAUUCUUGAACAAGGCUUGCAUUAAAGUUGAAGAUGGAAAGGAAAGUCCAUGGAGUCUUUGCACAGUAAACCAAGUUGAACAAGUGAAGAUAUUGCUUUCAAUUAUUCCUAUAUUUGCAUGCACAAUUAUCUUCAAUACAAUACUUGCACAAUUACAGACAUUUUCUGUCCAACAAGGGAGUGCAAUGGAUACGCACCUAACAAAAUCUUUCCAUAUUCCUCCAGCUUCUCUUCAAGCCAUUCCUUACAUAAUGCUAAUAUUCAUAGUCCCUCUUUACGAUACAUUCUUUGUCCCUUUCGCUAGAAAAAUCACGAAGCACGAAUCCGGGAUCACCCCUCUACAGAGAAUAGGAUUUGGCCUAUUCUUGGCAACUUUUUCCAUGAUCUCAGCUGCCCUAUUAGAGAACAAGAGAAGGAAUGCUGCAGUGAAUUCAAACAAAAUAAUAUCCAUAUUUUGGAUAACGCCGCAGUUUUUGAUCUUCGGGUUAUCGGAAAUGUUUACGGCAGUUGGGCUUAUUGAAUUCUUCUACAAGCAGUCAUUAAAAGGGAUGCAAUCAUUUUUGACAGCCAUAACUUACUGUUCAUACUCAUUUGGCUUUUAUUUAAGCUCAGUACUUGUGUCUCUUGUGAAUAAGGUGACCUCAAAUUCUUCCUUUGGUGGUGGAUGGCUCAGUGAUAACAAUCUCAACAAAGAUAGAUUGGACCUCUUUUAUUGGAUGCUAGCAGUUCUAAGCUUCAUCAACUUCCUCAACUAUCUCUUUUGGGCAAAAUGGUAUUUUCACAUUAACCGAUCUCCAGCCGCCUCUCCACAGCUUGACUCUAACACCCCAAAAAUUGCAGGAGAUGACAAUAUACCUUAAGAUACAAGUGUAUGAUUCCAAGGAGAAGUUUGAAAUCACUUCCUCCUGAAAAUCUUGUAUUAAGACUAAUGUAAUGUUGAAAGAAAGAAUAAUGCCAAAAGGGACCUAUUAGGAUAUCAGCAUUUGUAUUGAUGCAUAGAAAAAUUAAUGGAAUUAAUAAUUUUACUUCUUUAGCAUAGUCUGGAAUAUCUGUUAAGGGGGGACGUUAUAUAAAAUUGAAGACUAUCGUCGACUUGUUUUCAA